UUAUAAUAGUACGUUAUAUUUAAGGACCGGAACGUUUAAACAGAUUUUUGUGCGCCUAGACGGAAAGUAAUAAAAGCGGCACAAGUGAAUAUGGCAGCCUCCUCGCGGAGCUUGUUGAGAGUGUUGGCUGGAUGUCAGAGACAGAUCUUCAUCUCCAGCUCUUCAUCGUCUUUAUGUCCGUCCCUCAAUGCAGCUAGACAGCAUCCUGUGAGGACCUAUGCUGCUGCUGCUGCUGCAGCCAAACCAGCUAAGAAAGAGAGAAAAGUUGAAAAGGGAGCAGUGAAGGAAGUAAAGAAAGAAGAGAAGAAGAAGAAGGAGAAACAGAAGAUCGACGAUACGGGUCGUCAUAAGCCGUACGGCCUGACAGCCUGGGCGCCGAUCGAUGACGUGUACGUCGUGAGGCACUAUCCUAGACCGGUGUAUGACGCAGAUGUAGCUGUGGAUAUGCUGAAGAGCUUUCAGAAGCUGGACUUUACCCCUGAAGAUCAGCCACUUUUCAUUGAACUAAAGCUGGAUAUGAAGCUAGAAAAAAAGAGAAAAGUCGAACCCUUUGUUAGCACUGUCCAUUUACCCUAUCCAUUUAAAAGCGAUCUGAACAAAGUCGUCGUUUUCACAGAGAAUCCAGAGGAAGCCAGAGUGGCAACCGAGCACGGAGCAGCAAUAGUGGGAGGAGCCGAACUUAUUGAAAAGAUAUUGGAGGAUGAGAUCACAGCAGACUUUUACCUGGCUGUUCCAGACAUCAUCCCGAAGCUCCUGCCUUUAAAAAACAAACUGAGGAAGAAAUUCCCAAAGAGCAAACGAGGGUCGGUCGGGGUGAACAUUCCUAAAAUGCUGCAGUUAUUCAAGAGUGGACAUGAGUACAUGGUGGAGAGGGACACCUACGUCUACACGCAAGUCGGAACGCUGGACAUGGCCAAGGAGCACAUUCUAGAUAACAUGGGGGUCAUCAUUCAGGACGUCGCAUCGCACAAGCCAGCAGAAUUCGGUUCCUUAAUCGAGAGAGCCAUCACAAGCAGCAAGACGAGCGAGGGCUUACGCAUCAGAUAUGAAGCAUUUUUACAGCAAGAGGAGAAGGAGGCCUGAUUAAAAUGCUGUGUGUGUAUUUCACUGUGUAAUGACUUAUGAUGUAAUAAAGUUUCUUAAA